GCCCCUCCUUCUCCCCUCCCUCCUCCCGCUCCCCUCCCCCUCCGCUCCCGCCGCCUCCGCCCGCCGCCCCGGCCGCGUCGGGUAAACCUGUUCUGCCAGGCGGCCGCGCCGGGGCGGAUCGAGCGGCCGGCGGCUCCUCGCGGCUCGCGGCGUCGGGGGUCCCGUGGAGCGCGCGGCCGUCCCUCUGUGCCGGGGCCCUCGGCAGCGCCGCCACCAUGUACUCCGGAGCCGGCCCCGUUCUUGCGUCUCCUGCUCCAGCAACAUCACCCAUCCCAGGAUAUGCCUUCAAGCCUCCACCUCGGCCGGACUUCGGCACCUCCGGGAGAACAAUCAAACUGCAGGCCAAUUUCUUUGAAAUGGACAUCCCCAAAAUUGACAUUUAUCACUAUGAAUUGGACAUUAAACCAGAGAAAUGCCCGCGCAGAGUGAACAGGGAAAUAGUGGAGCACAUGGUCCAGCACUUUAAGACCCAGAUCUUCGGGGACCGGAAGCCAGUGUUCGAUGGAAGGAAGAACCUAUACACUGCCAUGCCGCUUCCAAUCGGCAGGGACAAGGUGGAACUGGAGGUCACGCUGCCAGGAGAAGGUAAAGAUCGCAUCUUCAAGGUCUCCAUCAAGUGGGUGUCGUGCGUGAGCUUGCAGGCGCUACACGAUGCACUUUCGGGGCGGCUGCCCAGCGUCCCUUUCGAGACGAUCCAGGCCCUGGACGUUGUCAUGAGGCACUUGCCAUCCAUGAGGUACACCCCUGUUGGCCGUUCCUUCUUCACUGCAUCUGAAGGCUGUUCCAACCCUCUGGGUGGGGGCCGAGAAGUGUGGUUUGGCUUCCAUCAGUCCGUCCGACCUUCUCUUUGGAAAAUGAUGCUGAAUAUCGAUGUGUCAGCAACAGCAUUUUACAAGGCACAGCCAGUGAUCGAGUUUGUUUGUGAAGUUUUGGAUUUUAAAAGUAUUGAAGAACAACAAAAACCUCUGACAGAUUCCCAAAGGGUAAAGUUUACCAAAGAAAUCAAAGGUCUAAAGGUGGAGAUAACGCACUGUGGUCAGAUGAAGAGGAAGUACCGUGUCUGCAAUGUGACCCGGCGGCCUGCCAGUCACCAAACGUUCCCACUGCAGCAGGAGAGUGGGCAGACAGUGGAGUGCACAGUGGCCCAGUACUUCAAGGACAGGCACAAGCUGGUUCUGCGCUACCCCCACCUCCCGUGUUUACAAGUUGGACAGGAGCAGAAACACACCUACCUUCCCUUGGAGGUCUGUAACAUAGUCGCUGGACAGAGAUGUAUAAAGAAAUUAACAGACAAUCAGACCUCAACCAUGAUCAGAGCAACUGCCAGGUCAGCACCGGACCGUCAAGAGGAGAUCAGCAAAUUGAUGCGAAGUGCAAGUUUCAAUACAGACCCAUAUGUGCGUGAAUUUGGAAUCAUGGUCAAGGAUGAGAUGACAGAUGUGACCGGGCGGGUUCUGCAGCCGCCCUCUAUCCUCUACGGGGGCAGGAACAAAGCGAUUGCUACCCCUGUCCAGGGCGUGUGGGACAUGAGAAACAAGCAGUUCCACACAGGCAUCGAGAUCAAGGUGUGGGCCAUUGCCUGCUUCGCACCGCAGCGCCAGUGUACUGAAGUUCAUCUGAAGUCCUUCACAGAGCAACUGAGGAAGAUCUCAAGAGACGCCGGGAUGCCUAUCCAGGGUCAGCCCUGCUUCUGUAAAUACGCACAGGGCGCAGACAGCGUGGAGCCCAUGUUCCGUCACCUGAAGAACACAUAUGCCGGCCUGCAGCUGGUGGUGGUCAUCCUGCCUGGCAAAACUCCUGUGUAUGCGGAAGUCAAGCGUGUGGGAGACACCGUGCUGGGGAUGGCCACACAGUGUGUCCAGAUGAAGAACGUGCAGAGGACCACGCCACAGACCCUAUCCAACCUCUGCUUAAAGAUCAACGUCAAACUGGGAGGCGUCAACAACAUCCUGCUGCCCCAGGGCAGGCCUCCAGUGUUCCAGCAACCUGUCAUCUUUCUGGGAGCUGAUGUCACCCACCCACCAGCUGGUGAUGGGAAGAAGCCUUCGAUUGCUGCCGUCGUGGGCAGCAUGGACGCACACCCCAACCGCUACUGCGCCACCGUGCGCGUGCAGCAGCACCGCCAGGAGAUCAUCCAGGACCUGGCUGCCAUGGUGCGGGAGCUGCUCAUUCAGUUCUACAAGUCUACACGCUUCAAGCCCACCCGGAUCAUCUUCUACCGAGAUGGCGUCUCCGAGGGCCAGUUCCAGCAGGUCCUCCACCAUGAGCUGCUGGCCAUCCGAGAGGCCUGCAUCAAGCUGGAGAAGGACUAUCAGCCAGGGAUCACGUUCAUCGUGGUGCAGAAGCGACACCACACUCGACUCUUCUGCACAGACAAGAACGAGCGGGUUGGAAAGAGUGGGAACAUUCCAGCAGGCACAACCGUAGACACGAAAAUCACCCACCCAACUGAGUUUGACUUCUACCUGUGCAGUCAUGCCGGCAUCCAGGGGACAAGCCGUCCUUCCCACUACCACGUGCUUUGGGAUGACAAUCGUUUUUCUUCUGACGAGCUGCAGAUUCUGACCUACCAGCUGUGUCACACCUAUGUACGCUGCACACGCUCUGUGUCAAUACCGGCACCGGCCUACUAUGCUCACCUGGUGGCCUUCCGUGCCAGGUACCACCUGGUGGAUAAAGAACACGACAGCGCCGAAGGAAGCCAUACCUCUGGGCAGAGCAAUGGGCGAGAUCACCAAGCACUGGCGAAGGCGGUCCAGGUCCACCAGGACACACUGCGUACCAUGUACUUUGCUUGACGUGUUGUAGUGUUUAGCGAUUGUGUACCAAGUUGGAUUCACACGAGACCAGCUACACUCAGACCAACAGAUGCCCAGCCCUUCCGUGACAGCCAGCAUCGAACAUGAGACGUCUUUGGUUUUAUUAGAUCCUCCAUUUUCCAGAAUGCCUUCCGUCCCAGAUUUCAGACUUGGAUUUUGAGCUGCAGGCCUGUAUGAGACCCCACUGUAGGAAACGUGGUUUGCCAAACCCAUAAGCUGCUCACUGAGAGUCCCGUUUCCUAAAAACAAAAAACAACAAAAUGUCCUAAAACCAGUCUAUGAACUCUCAGGGCUUUAAAACAUUUUAAUUUAUUUGGUCAUUCGAUUUACGUGUUUUUAAAACAGCUGAUUCUCAAUGAAAUCGAUGGGCUCAAUCUAGUUGUGAAGGCUCUGAGCAUGAAUGCAUCACCAUUGGGGUUUUAAAGCCUGGCCCUAAGAAGUUGUCACUAAUGUUGAGUUCUAAGGGAGGCCCGCAUGCUUUGCAGCCCCUGGGCAGAGGCUGCUAGGUAUGCACGAUGUCUCUCCCUGCCACGCCUGCCCUCGAGGCCUGAACAGAGGUGUAGUGGCAGAGGGGACGGUCACGUGUGUUUACAGCAGUGACUUGUCCGAGAGAUUGGCAGACAAGUGCCAUUUUGAUAAAAAUUUAUUUAAAAAGAGAAAAAAAGACAAUAUACUGACAGUGUAAUCAUAAGAUGUGUCCUGUAGGACUGUGACAUUUAUUUUCCAAAGUUUCUAAAGAAUACGGGUCUGUGGUGAUAAAUACAGUACAAUCCUUUUUCACUGUUAUGUCUUUAAUGUAAGAGAAGAAUAUAUAUAUAUCUGGUUUGCAGUAUUAAUGUGGUAGGUAGAUGCUUUUUCCCUUUUGUUGACUAUGGGGUGCUUCUUGUGAAAUGUUUGGAGCCUGGCGACAGGCCACCUCUUGUGGCUUUUAGUGCUUAAGUAGAGGAAUAUGCAACUGGCUUCACGUGACAGCGAUGCACCCCUCCUUCUCCUCUCCCUCCCCAGUGUGGACUGUGUGGCCUGUACUUCCGGGAAGGACAGUGUGCUUGCCAGUAAUUUGCCGUCCUCCCCUGCCUCAUCCAUGUGUGUCGCUCAGCCGAUGAAGCACAAAUGGAAUUUAUUUAUUCUUCCAUUGCUGGGAAACAAGUCCACGUAAGAGUGCACUCCUCUCCGCGUGCAGUUUCGGAAGGUGGGUUUCACAGGAGCUACAUGCACUGAAAUGGAGAGAGCUGCCGUUGGCGGCUCUGCUGGCAUGAGACUGGCAGGUAGGAACAGAGGGUGCCCGAGGAGCUGGUGAUGGGCAAGGCUGGCACAGGAGGCACAGACUGGGUGGUGUUUGCUCCUGGGCCCCAACGUGGGUUUGCCAGCCUAGAGACCCUUGAACUGAAAGGGACACUACAAGUGCUUCUGCGCGUGGCAGCAGCCACUUCAACGUGUGUGUCCUGUGGGGCUUUUUGUGCUUGUACUGAAGCUGAGUGAGAACCAGAUCCUCUCCAUGUACAAGUUCCCGGAAGGAGACAAGCCUUCUCUGUGCUGCUCUGUGUUCUGUGGGUUUUCUCUAUCCCUGCUGAUGGUCCUCUUCCCCAAGCUCUGCGUGAUUUACCUCUGACCCUGAGGUGGAGAGAGGCGCCCACCCCUUCCCCCUCCGUGGCGCCUCAUGCUAGAGGACACAGUACCAUUGCUGCCCUAUUGAUUACCCACCUGCACUGGAGCUGGUGGGAAGGGCAGACGCAGUGACCUGGGAAACCGCGCCCUCGGUGGGUGUAUCUGUGUGUGCAUGUGGGUGUCUUACUAAUGACAUUAGUCUCUUCUUGCUGUGUCUUUAGAAGUCUUUUAAAGUGACAAACCUCCAGUCGAAGAAGUACUGGGGCUGCCUGCUAUCCCAUUGGCAAGUGGCACUUUCUCGAACUGUUUCCAAAAGGGUAUAAAAACACUCUUUAGCUCACCUAGCAUGGUCAGGCUGAAGAAGUGGCACCUGGUAGACUUUUAGAAUCUGAAAUUAGAUUGCUUUCAGCUACUCUUAAAACCAUGUGUGUCUAGGGUAUGUCUUUAGCCUUUUGCCAUGGGAUCUCAGUCAUGCUAGUGGGUUUGUUAGAAUGCAGGCCUGCUUGCAUUUGUUAGAAUCUCAGGCCUGCUUGCUAGCCUCUUGGACCUGGCACAGCAGACAGCUGGCAUCUGUGUUUGAGGGCCACCCCCUUCCCACGAACGCCUCCCCUGCCCCUGUGACUCUGGAGGCUUUCUGAGGUCCUCCCCCAAUGAUGCCAGGGGAGCAGGAAAGAUCCCUGUCAGAGCUCACACCUCGGAACACUGUGGGCUGGGAAAAAAAAUCUGAGCUGCGAGUUUUGGGUUUUUGUUUUGUUUUGUUUUGUUUCGAUCAUCUUGAAGGACAAGUUUUCUUUUUGAUGGGCCAAAAGUACUUGGAGAAAAGUACUUUCUAUAGCCCAUGCUUACUUGUGACACUUUUAAUAUGAAAAGCAUCCCCAGACCAAAUGUCCCUGAUUGUGUUAGAUGCGCAGCGUCGGCAUGUCCGAUGGUGUGGAACUUAUAAAUGGCUAUAGUUGCAAUUUCUCAGGUAAAUAAUUGUUUUCCCCAAUUUCUGCCCUCCCCUUAUUAUUAGCAUAAGUUUUGAGACAGUGUGAGACCUCAGAGUGUGGUAGAAAAUCGGGCCCUCUUCCGAGGGAGCCAGCCUUCUGUCUGUGCCUGUACCCAAGACUGGCGACAGGCGCCAUUAUCCCCUGAGGUGAUACCUGGCCAAGUUUGAGGACUGCCCACUUGCUAGCUGUGUUCCCAACCCCACUGUAAGUAAGGUGUGCCUUGCUUUAAGCAAACUGAAUGUGAUUAUGUUGUGCUCUGUAUCCAUUUGGAAGGAAAACUAGGACGUGCCUGUCUCUUUAAGGGAGGCUACCCAAGUAGACACUCAUGCUGGGACUCUUCCUAGAACAUUGUAAGAUACUCACUCUUAAAAACCAGUCCUGAUGUCCUUUAUCACUGUGUACAGCAUGCUGAUGAAGCAGCUUGAAACUCUAGGGGAGACACUGAGGCCCCGUUCUGUAGAUUAGCCCUUAGGAAUAUUAGCAAAACUCCCAUCCUGUCACUGCGUGUGGAUAAGCCCAGAUUGUCCUAAUUCCCAUUGACUCUGAAGCUGAGCGCACCAGGACGUUUAGAGAGGGGCUGUUUGGUUUUGGCUUUGUUCUCCUGUUGGGAAGUCCUCACGUGCACACUUGAUACCACUUUGGGUCUGCUCUGCCUUCUCCAGAUUUGGCCUCUUGGCAACUCCUCACACUCACCCGCUUGCUGGCCUCCAGGCCACAGGGCACUGCCAGUGGGGAGAGACCGCUAGCUCCGUGCUGUCUGCAGCUGGCCCAACAUCUGUAUUUCUGAUGUUUACCUGAUAACUGAGCGCUUGAUAGACAGCCCCUGCAGUGGGGUUGGGCGGGGUUUUUUGUUGUUGUUAUAUGUUAUUUUAUUGUUUUUAAAUGCACAUGUUGCUAUUUAUUUUCCUCUCCUGCUCUGGUUUGAUCCAGCUGAGUUGGUUAUCCCAAUGCACGUGGUACCUGAUGGAUAUGGUAGAGAUUAUUUCCCCCAACUUUUAUAAAUGACCCAAUGUUUACCUUCAGGCUUGCGAAUGCUUUAUUUUUGGAAGCCACAGAUGUAGUUUUUCUGGAUGAAUUGUUUUUCUUAUAGAUGCAGCGGUAUGCUUUUGCAUUGAUCUGCAGGGUGAUUUGAAUUUUAUUUUUACAAGCAGUUUUUCAGUCAAAUUCUAUAUUUGAUACAAUGUGUUAAGGGUAGAUCAGUCCCGGGUCACGCAGCUGGGACCCCUGAGUGUCCAGGAGGCCUUAGGGCUGGGUGGCCUCUCUCGGUAGUCCCUGUGGUGGUAGCACUGGCUGGUCACAAGAACCUUCAGGGUCCUUUGGCAUGGCCCUGACCUCUUGGAUUGUUGCAAGGAUUUUUCAUGGGCAUUUUGCUACACAGGCAGUGGACAAUCCCAGUGGCCCCAGACAAGCCAUAAGCAACCUUGCUGUGACCUCUCCCUGACUCGUCUUUCACGCCCAGGAGAAAAGGAAUGUGCCCCGAGUAGAAGUUACCCUCCCUUGGCGCUCAUAUGCCUCCCUUGUGAAUGCAGACCUUUUGUUUAUGUUGUAAGCCCUUCCCUGAAGUAACCAUGCUGGCUGGCUCACUGGAAACAGCACCUGUCACUCUGUCGCUAGGGCCGUGUUGCAGGCAUGCUGACUCCUGUAAGUUGCACUGAUCUGGCGACAGUUUUCUUUAUUGCGUCCAACUCCAUAGCUGCUGUACUCAUCUAAAGUGAUUGUAAACAGAUUGACAGUGGCAAGAAUGGUGUGGAUGUGUGGGACAUUGCCUCACUUCUGUGACCCCCAUACACAUUUCAGUAUUAUAUGCUAGAGUGCAGACUGGGCUCUGUUUUCUCAAGCAUCAUGGGCUAGCCUUGUCUCGCUCUCUGACAAGAAGUGCUCUGCCUCUGUAUGGGACGGCAGGCUCUUUGAGACCUGAAGGCUUAAAUGUAAAUGAAUUAGUUAGGCGUCUUUGUGACACUUUGGCCUGUUUAGUUGUGAUCUGCAAGGCCCCCCACAAUAUGCCAUUCGAGUUCCAUGUGGCCUUUGUCAGCGUGGAUGGGAUAGGAAUAGCCCAGCCAGUGUUAACAGGCCGUUGCUGCAUUUCUUUGGCCAGCUGUGAGGUUACUGUUGUGCCAGGCUGUCAUUGGUGGUACAUCCAUGGAUGGCAGGGCGACCUGAAGCCUGGCACAGCCCCUCAUGCCUCGGGACCCUGCUGGGUUCAGCCCCACAUGAACUGUCUGGUCAAGGUACCAGCGUCUGAAACAAAAGGAGCUUUUACACUCAACCGCCGUGUGUGUGUGUGUGUGUGUGUGUGUGUGUGUGUGUGUGUGUGUGUGUGUUGUCAGUGCCAUUGCAGACCCCUCACUUUGUGUCUUUGGAUUUGUUCAGCCAUUUUAUUGUCUCAAGUUGAAUGUAUCGGCUUAGCCAAAUCACUACAGAAGGUGGUUUCUAAAAAACCUUUUAGACAGAUGCAUAAAAGCUACCUCUGACUUCUCAUAGAUUUGUGUUUGCUCUGAAGCAUCGCUAUCCACACUGAUUAUAGCCAAAUUAAUCACCUGAGUAAACUAAGUUGUGAACUCCUUGUUCAGGUCUGGCUUGAAAACGUGUGUGCCAUACUGUGAUCUGGGGCGGCGCCCUCCUGCUGUCGCUGACCGGGGGCUCCUCAGUACCGCCCAGCUACAGGAUUCUAGCACCCGAGAGGCUGGCAGAAGGGCUUCUGUGCACGGAGAACGUGCAUCCUCCAGGCUGGUGGGAGUGACUGGCAGGGCCGCCGGUGGCCGAGCCUGGAGAUAGCCUGUCCCUGCCUGGUUUUGCUUUUCUAUCUAAUGUAAGAAGGCAUCUUUGCCCCUGCUUGCUUACCAAUGGGUUGGAAGUGGCCCCCCCCGCUCUCGCCUCCCUUUUUAUACACUACACACUCAUAAAGGUGCUUCAACACCGACUCUCGUGCAGAUAUCGUGCUUACGCAGUUGCAUGGAUCCAGAUCGCGUGGGCCUGGCUGACCUUGGGACCCUGUGUGGAAGUGAAGGACUGAGAGCAUUGUGCUCUGACGUCAAGCCUUCUGUUUGGAAGGAGCAAUGGGCUGUACUAGAGUAGAAGCUCCCACUAGUGUGGGCAGGGCAGGGAUCACUUGCCGGUUUGUCUGACCUAGCUCUCUAGCAGUUGUCCACUCUGCUGCCCAGAAGGUCAUCCUCUUACCUCGUGGCUCUACCUUGGCCCCUCUCCCCCUAAUGUUUCCUUGAGCUUAAUUUUGGAAAGUCAGCAUAAGCCCCCAGGUUCCUUCAUUAGUUGUCUUAGGAAAUCUUGAGGGACAGGUGGACAGUGUCAUGAAGGCACGUGCCUGGGUAUUAGGGAACGCUUUUUCUAAUGUCUUUGUGCCCCCCUCCCCUUUCUGUUGCAUUGUGUCGGGGAGUGCCACCGGUGUUCGGUGAGAAUCCAGGAAGACACGGGGUGCUAGACAUGUUCUGCUUAGGGUCACACCCAGGUGCGGUGGUAUGAGCCACAGCCCUCAGAGGGCACUAGCACAGAGGCAGCCAGCCUUUCCACUCAUGACACUGCGAGAGAUAACAGCCCAGAGCGCUGGCCACUGCAGUGUUGAGCUAACACUUUUUUUUUUUUUUUUAAACUGGUUGAAGUGAGAGCACGGUGUGAAACCUUCUAAUGCUCUGGCAGUUCUGGUCCCUGUGUUCCUGAGGGCUAAAAUCCCGAAUGAGCUCCUGUUUUGCUUAGAGCUGCCUUUAUUUGAGUUCAUUUAGAGGUAAGGCACAGGCACCAUCCUCUUACGUGUGUCACCAGGAAGUUAGUAUAUAGACCCUCCUCAUUCAGUUCUUUCUUCAUCUUCAAGCUCCCUAAUGUCAGUGAGGUACAUGUGUGGGGACAGAGGCUCUUGGGAAAUCCACUGGUUGUAAUGGCCAAUCAAGGUUGGGCCCUCCAUCCUGCACAGCAGGUGGCCUCAACCCUCCCUCCAGGCUCUGGCUUCACUGUCUUGGGACACCUGGUCCCACACCUUGCACCUUUCUUGGUGUUCUUUCAGAGUCGUGCUGAGGCUGGUCUGUAGUGGACUCCGCCUAGGAAGCUCCGUCAGUCCUCAGCGACUCGCAAACUGAAGCCACCCCGCAGCCUGCAGCUGUGGAGACACUCUCGGUCCCCUCUUGUUCUUUGUGCCCUGGCAUGCAGGUGCACCUCUGCUGGGGUUUCAGGAGACAGGUGGAAGACCAUUACUUGGUCAGGGUUCCAGCCCAGCCUCCUUACUGGCCUCGCACUCUCCACACCUCAGCAAGACUGUCUGUCGUAGUGGAAGUAGGGUUAGAGGGAGGGAAUUGGAAUCAUGUGUUUGUGAAUCCUCAAGUGUAAGGUGCUAUUUGGUCCUAAUGUUUUGGAAUGCUUCUUCAUUGUUGUUACUGUUCUGUGACUGGGGGUGGGGGGAGGGGAACUGCUCACUUAGAUGUGAUUGUCUGUCACUUAAACCGAAAACAUAGGACUCCAGCUUUGACAUGCCUGUGGUGUAAUUUUUAUCUCUGACCUUCCCAAGCCAGGGGUGAUGCAGUUUCCUAGCAGAGUCUAAUUAAAACCUCCCUCCCUGUCUCAAGGGAUUGCUUUUUAACAGGAGAAGUAGUCCAGUCCAGCCUUGUGUUUUUUAAUUGCCUAGAAAAGGCCUUUGCCUGUGCGGUGGCUCUGGAGGGAUGACACAUUAACAAUUUUGGUUCCUCUUCAAAGCCAAAUAGACCUGUGUGAUUACUCUCCAAAAGGGUAUAAUUCAGCAUUAAAUUAAAAUUUGAGUCUUGAGUUUGAGAAGGAAUUUCAGUGUAGUUGUUAUGAAUUCAUGUUUUAGAAAUUGUAGGGGCACGUGAGUUUUUAUUUUAAAAAAAGUUGUAAGAGAAUAAUUGUAAGUUUCCGUGCAACAGUGGCUACUGCCUCAUAGAUACAGGGAGAGAACAUAGCCCCGACUCCAGACGCUUACCUCCGCUUACUUCAGAUUAUCUGCCUAAUAUUUAUUGAGGGGUUUUAACCCUUGGUUUUAUCAAUUUUUCUAGUUUUACUUUAUUUUUGUAAAAUAAUUGAAAAAGAACCAAAAAUGAAUUCAGAAGUUCCCCGGUGGCUCCUCGCCCAGACUUAAGUUCUCCCCACUCAAAUGUUUCUAGAAGACAUUUUGAAUCAAAAUGUAUUGCAUCCAUUUAACGUCUGCUACUUUGAGAAGUGGAGUGGCUACAAGGGCCUGGUUCAGGUGGUACUCUGUAUGUCAUGGACAUGUUUGUGCCUGUACAGUGCAUCUGUGUGACAACGUCUUGUGCUUGCGGUUUAGAAACCACGCAGUGCUGUUUUGUAAAUUGACAGUUCCUGUGUAAACUUAUUUAUAACCCUUGGCCCCUCUGUAUAAUUUUUCAUUUGCUACAUGGAUUGUAUAAUUAAUUAUAAAAUUAUAGUACCUGCUAAACCCAAUUCUGAGGCUUCAUGUCAUUGUCUUCGGUUUUGAUACCAGUCUGUGGCUCGUCAGGAUGCCCAGGCUUUGCGUAAUACCAGUAGUCAUGUCACUUUAAAUUAAGCCUUAAUCAAAUAGUGAAUUUGUGCAUUUCAGAAUAUGCAAAAAAAAAAAAAAAGGCAGAGUAAAUUUCAACUGUCCAGAUCAAGAUGUUCAAUCCUAACUCAGCACGUGUUCCCUCUGGAGUUAAAAAAAAAAAAAAAAAAAAAAAAAAAAAAAGGCCAUUGCCAAGGUUACACUUCUCCCCCUCACCUGCGCUCUUCUAUGUGGCUUGAUGGCAACAGAUCAUGUGCAUUUCUGUGGCAGUCUGCCUAGAGACCUUAGCCAGGUGAUCUUCAAAGGUGUGAUUUCUCACCUCUGGUCUGAGAGGACCCACUGUUUCCGGGAGCAUGCUUGGGUGCUUGGGACAUGGGUUUCAGCAGCCUGCUCCUAGGCCAAGCUCUCUGCAGUCACUGCCGCCUGUCAUUGCUUCUGCAUCGGUUACAACAGAUUUUUGUUUCUGUAAAAGCAUCUUCAAUCUCGAGAGAAAAUGGAGGGGACCCAGCUUCUUUACAAUGUGGAUCUACCUCAGUUAAAACAGUUGGGUGCUAUUUACUAAGUCUGUCAAAUUAAAUUGGAAAAAGUAACCAAACAGUGGGACAUAACUAACUCCACAUGAAACUUGAAAUCAUCAUUUCCGUUUCUUUAAUAUGUUUUUAAUUUAUUUUGUGCCUUUUAUGUUAACCCUAAUGCAUUUUUGAAAUUCAGAAUAGUCAUUUUCUCUUGCAAGUGGGGGGCCCAACUGGCCGUGCAAGUCUCCCACCCAACUGCUCUAGUGUAUUGGGAUCCCCACCUACCCUCUUGGGAAAAGGAGGGGGAAAUGUGUGCAAGAGCAGACUUCACACAUAACACACCCCAGCUCUUUUAUGCAUGAAUUCAUAGCUAUCGCUUCAUUUCUGUGUUAUCAGAGGGGCGACCCUCACAAAAAGAUACCCCAAGUACUGUGUCUCUGCUUUUUCAGCUGUUCGUCUCCCUCUUUCUCUGGCAUGUUUUCUAUAAGACUUUCUUUCGUAAGCAGCAAAUGGACGGUUGUCGAUUCCAUCUCCUGGUGUGAGUGGUGACCGUGCUAGGCAGCACGGGCAGAGGCGGGGCAAGCUCGCGGCUGUCUGGAGGCCAGGCUGGAGGUGGGGAAGAUGCGCAUUCUGCUGCAGCCCGUGCUCUCUCAAGUCAGGAACGCUUUCUGAUGGGUAAGAAAAUAAGGUCGGAGAUUGAUGACUUUCCACGCUUUUAUAUUUGGCAGUUUACAACUUUUCCUACUAUGGCGAUCUUUUUUAACAUAAUUCUUUGGAGGUAACACAAUAUUUUGGAGUCUUACAAAUUUGAUUUUAUACCAGUAAGAAAUAAAAGGUAGGGAAUCUUUCCUGUAGUGUAGUUUUAAUCUUUUAAAGCGCUCUCUGGAUUUUAGAAAAGAACCAACUGUACUUGGUGGCAAAACUCUGAAAGGUGAUUUGGGAGCUGCCCCCCCCCUUCUUCUUCUGCUCCCUACCCCUCUCCUUUGCAGGAUCUCAAAAAAGGAAAAAAAGAAAAAAGAUGAUUCUAGUUAGAUGUGUGUGGGUCUUUUUUUUUUUUUUUUAACUUCCAUCAGGUUUAUAUACUUAAGCUAUAUUUUAUAGAAUAAAUCCCCCUUUAGUAUGCUGCGUAUGGAUAUGAAGCUCAGAGCUGUUGCACUUUCUCUGUAAUCAAUGCCCUAUCCUACAAUUGGCUUGCCGGAAGCAUUUUAUUUUAACCUAAUGAGUACUUUGGGCAGGUGAUGAAAUUUACAUAGGUACCUCAAGUCAAAGACCUGCAUGUGCUGCAUUUUGGGUUUUUUUGUUUUGUUUUGCUUUUUUAUGUAGCAUUGUGUUUUACUUUAUUUUGUUCAGGUAUUACGCUUUUUUGGACCCCAAUAGUCUGUUGAAAGAAAAACUGAAAAAGUUAGUACCUCCUUUCUCCCCCUGCAGUAUGUGGUUCUAAGGUCACCCUACAUUAGGAAUCUUUCCCCAAGCACACUUGAGGAAAAGGGUACUCCGCUUCUCAGCAGGCUGUGCCAUUCAGAUCUUUUGUGUUCAUGCUGCUUCGGUCCCCUUCUCCUCAUCACCCAAGGGUGGGUACCUUCAGUUCAAAGUCGUGGCAUCUUAACUUUUACACAUAGACCUCAUGGGUGUCCCUUGAGUAAGUAGCAUGACCUUAAAGGCACUGCCAACGUGCAGCCGCUGGGCAGAUGGGCCCAGGAGCGGCAGCCUUCACAUCUUUCUUUCUCAGCACUCACCCACACUGACCUGGGCGGGUAGUCUGCAUGGACAAGACAGCUGGUGAAGAAAGCUGAAUGCUGAGACACUGCGCAUCUCUUGUCGUGUUUAAGCUUAGCUGGGUCCUUUCAAGUUUGUUUUCACAGCUUACUAGGUUAAAUAGUUUGCACUAUUUUUGCAAUAAAUUCAUGGGAAACCUAACCGCUACUUAUGUUGUUCUUCUGUGUGUAUAAACUAAUACUAAAAGUUUGGUAUAGUGUUUUUUCACCUCCUUAUGUAGCCCCCUAACAUGCACAGAAUGCUGUAAAUUGAUAAAAUAUGUGAAUGAUAUUUUAUAAAGUUAUUUUGUAUGGUGUCAAAUUUUGUUUUGCCGCAUAGUAUGUCCGCAAAAUAAAGUUAAAAUAAAAUGAAAUAAAAUUCCUCAUAUUUACAGCUGCCUA